CAUACAGUAGAAACAGUUCUCAAUAGUUUAGAAAAACAUUUACCAGAUACCAGUAUAACUGUAUCCCGACCAAAUGGGAGUAGUUGUGUGUUACAGAUAACUCUUUCCAAGACAUUGAAGGCAGUUUGUGUAUUGAGAGGUUUUCUCAUAGAAUAUGUUAAUGUGAAAGGUUAUAAUGAAGAUUUUCUCUCAAAUGAUGGAAAGAUAGACUUAUGGUCAAAGUCACGAUAUAAAGUAUUUGAAAAGGUAUCAGAUCUAAUGAUGGCUGGCAUACAGCACUACUAUUACCCACAGAUGCCAGAAAUUACAAUCAGGACAUUCAUACAGCAAUGGUUUAACUCGUACAAGACAUUAUUUUCUGCACCAUGUACCAAGUGUGGUAAACAUUUACAAGGAGGAUUACCUCCUGUAUGGAGAGAUUUCAGAACAUUAGCACCAUUACAUGAUGGAUGUAGAUAAUAAAGAUAUAUGUGUACA